GUAUUGGCUCACAAGUAUGCAAUAUUGUUUUUAUUAUUUCAUUACAGGAGUUAGUAGCUAUGGAAAGAUCAAACAAUUAACCUUGAUUAAUUGAUUAUUAAUCAUUUUGAGACUUGAUACAUAAGUUGAAAUGAAAACAAUGAUCAAUGAAAACUGGGUGGAGGAGGAAAAACCACUAAGAAGGAGCUUGGUGUUCACAUAUGGAGUAGGCCACAUGCUGAAUGACAUUACACAAUCAUGUUGGUAUACAUAUCUCUUGCUCUAUUUGACAGAUAUUGGGUUGCCCCCAAGUAGUGCAGCUAUUGUCACACUUAUCGGUCAAUUCGCUGAUGCAUUCACAACCAUCAUCGUUGGUCAAUUGAUAGAUAGAUACGGGCAUUUCAAGAGAUGGCAUGGCAUUGGGUGCAUAAUGGUUGCUUUCUCAUUUAUUUCACUUUUUAGUGGCCUUUGCAUCCCGUGCAAAAUUGGGGGUUCAUAUUCUCAAAUGACACAAACAGUUUGGUAUUGCAUAUCUGCUGUUAUCUACUGUAGCGGAUGGUCUUGUACUCAGAUAUCACACAUGUCAAUGGUGAAUUGCAUUACACUCAAUGAAUCGAGCAGGAUAGCAUGUGUUAGCUGUCGCAACGCAUUUACAAUGAUUGCAAGCCUCAUCUUUUAUGCAAUCACAUUUUUCAUUUUCAAUGGCACUAUACCUGGGCUACAAGACAUUAAAGUUCAGUAUCGCUGGAUGUCAUAUAUAUCAAUUUUCAUCGGCGCUGUCUUUGUGAUCAUCUUUCAUCUUGGAAUUAAGGAGCCGAGUAAUAAGAAUGAUGGUUGUGCAAAAACUCGCGUAAACACACCAUGGACUUAUUGGUUGAAGAAAGUUUCUUAUUAUCAAGUUUCUAGUGUUUACGUGCUCACUCGAGUUGUUACCAAUGUAUCACAGUCAUUUCUUGCGGUGUACGUCAUCAAUGAUUUACGGAUGAGCCAAUCUUCAAAGUCACUGGUUCCUGCCCUCAUUUAUCUCUGCAGCUUCAUUACCUCUGUCCUUCUACAGGAGCUUGCCUGGAGCAACAAAAAGUUAAAAACCUUGUUCUCUAGCGGUGGCUUACUCUGGUUAUUAUGUGGUGCAGCAGUAAUGUGGCUUCCAAUAAACUUAAAUCUAUUUAUGUACGCCCUAUCAGUUCUGAUAGGAAUUGCAAAUUCCAUGAUGAUGGUGACUUCAACUGGCAUGGAGAGUGCUCUAGUAGAUAAACACCUUGAUGGCUCAACAUUCGUAUACGGAUCAAUGGGCUUCAUUGACAAAGUACUGUGUGGAAUAGCACUGUACUUUCUUGAAUCAUUUGAGAAUGUUGAUCCAGUACCAUGUAAUCCAAAACAUGCAUGUUUCUCCGUAACCCGAUUUUCACUGGGGUUCAUCCCGGGAGUAGCAGCACUUCUUGGAGUUAUAGUUUCAUUCAUGAUGGACUUGCGGACCUCCCAUUCAUAUCAUUUAGAAGAACCUUUACUGGAAUAGAAUAAAUCCAGCUUGGGAUUUCUACCUGCAGUGCAGUAGUGUGAUAGCCAAGAUCUUAAUAAUUGCUCAAAAACAUUUUGUGACAUUAUAAUUGGAGUUUUUUUUUUGCAAGAAAAGAAGAAGCUAAACUACUCAUAAUAAGACGGAGUAUUGUGGACACAAAUUA